AGAAUGAGAAGAGAAGCAAAUGAGAAAGAAACGGGCAGUUUGAGUUUGUAGUAAUUGGAGCAUGGACGCUUUCAGCCCAGAUUCAAUGCUUUACCAAACUCACCCACCUCUUCUCUUCUCUCCUUCCAUUUCUCAGCCCCCAACCUCCUCUCCCUUUUCUCGUCUCUCUCUUCUUCAGGCCGGAACCCCAAUGAAGUGCGUCCAGGCAGCCUUGAAGACCAGUUUCAGCAAAGACAUGGCCCUCAAACUUAACCCCCUAUCUUCUGUAGACGACUUCUCCGCCUUCAGUGUCCAGAAUGCCGUCCCUUCCGACGACUUCUCCGUCGACGAACUCCUCGAUUUUUCCCACCUGGACGACCCUUCCGAGGAUGACCAACACCCUAAGGCUGACUCUGCUUCUGUUUCCCCUCCACCAGCGGACCAAAGUCAUGAAAUUUCUCACUCUGCCUUCGUCAAAGACGAUGUUAACUCCUUGCCGUCCAGCGAACUCAGCGUUCCGGCCGAUGAUUUGGAAAACUUGGAGUGGUUGUCUCAUUUUGUCGAAGAUUCCUUCUCGGUAUAUUCCACCGCGUAUCCCGCCGGAACUCUAAUGGGAAGACCCAAGAGCCUUGCCGAACAAAGGCCCAAACCGGACGGCCAUCUUUCGGCUCACCCUUGUUUUACAACUCCGGUCCCGGGCAGGGCCAGAAGCAAGAGAACGAGAGUCGGAGUUCGGGUCUUGCCUUUCAGGUGUCCAUCCUUGACCGAAUCAUCCUCGACCUCCACCUCGUCUUCCUCCUCCUCGUCCCCCACGAGUCCAUGGGUCAUCUACCCCAACGCAGCGCCCGAGCAAGCCUGCUCCGAGGGCAGGCCCCUGGCAAAAAGACCCAAGAAAAAGCCGGCGCCAGAGGUCGGUGGGGGGACCGACGGAGCAGCGCAGACGCCGCGCCGGUGCACCCAUUGCGGGGUCCACAAGACACCGCAGUGGCGAGCCGGGCCGCACGGAGCGAAGACGCUGUGCAACGCGUGCGGGGUCCGAUACAAGUCGGGGCGGCUGCUACCGGAAUACAGGCCGGCGUGCAGCCCGACGUUCUCGAGCGAACUGCACUCGAACCACCACCGUAAAGUGCUGGAGAUGCGGCGGAAGAAGGAGGGAGCGGGCGGAGGCGAGUCCGAUUCGGGUGGGGGCCCGAGCCCGGCAGUGCCGAGUUUUUGAUAAAUAUUUGAAUGGAUAGAACUUUAAUCCAAUUUUAAUUUAAUGUUAGAAAUAGAGGAGGACAUCCCAUAGAAAAGAGUGGCAGGAGUAGGUAAAAAAUGAUGGGGAAUUGGUGUAAAUGUUUUCCCCUCCGGGUGGCGUCAGGCAAUUAGGCAGUUGUAACUUGUAACAGAUUAGGCAGGCUGGAGGAUCCGAUGUCUUUUAAUAAAACCAAACAAGUUUUAAAUUUUAAAAUUGGAAAAGGGAACGAGAAGUAGGGAAACGUUGAAAAGCGGGGGAAGUGAUGGAUGUGGUGCGUUUGUUGUGUCUGGUCCCCCCCCCCCCUUCCUUCUCUCUCUUUCUCUGUGAUUGUCGUGUGAUGCUGGCAAACGCACGCAAAUACUUCCUGUAGUUGUACGUUUCAGUUGGAAGCGACCUUUGCUCAAGGAAAUCGCACGCCACGCUCUCCACGGCGUAGGAAUCUUUGGGUCGUCCGAGGGAAUAGAGUCCCACGUCUUUAUUGUUUCUCCUCACGUGCUCCUCUUGAAUUUAAUGGUGUAGUGGAAAUAGACAGUAGUGUUCAUCUUGCCAGAUCACAGUGGCUCUGAUUAUUAAUUAAGAAUAAGGAAGGGAAGAUUUCGAAUUCUGUGAUAUCCGGCUGAAUUAGGAACCAGUUUCCUUGUUGGGUAGCCAAUCUGACAUAAAGUUCACCUCGCUUAUAAACAUUGCAUUCCAGAUCA